AUGACCACGUACGGCUCGACGGGCAGCGACAGCCUCAUGAAGCAGGCGCGCAAGGCGCACACGGUCCUCGACGUCGACGCCUCCCGCGCCGUGCACCUCGCCAAGGCCGGCCACGCCAGCGAGGCCCACCUCGACAACGGCGGCCACAUCAAGAGCGCGGUCUUCGGCGGCCUCGACGGUAUCAUCACGACCUUCGCGACCGUGACGUCGGUCGCUGGCUCGGGCCUUCCGCACGCCGUCAUCUUGAUCCUCGGUCUUGCGCACCUCUGGUUCCUCUCGGGUAUGUACAUGGCCAUCAACGGCACCGUCGCCGCCGGCAUGGGCUGGGUCAUCGGCUACCUCCUCGCACUCACGGGCAUCCAGGACGUCGCCCUCGGCUAA